ACCUUGAUGUUGAUGGCUAUGGCAAUGGUGAAGAUCAUUUUCGCCAGCUGUUUUCAUCACUUCUUCACUCUCAAUUUUCUAUUACUAUAUUUCUACUAUUUUAUUUAUUUUACUAUACCACAGUCCACGCAACCAAUCUUCACACACUCUCUCUCUCUACCACUUUCACUCCCCCUUUUCCCGUCAUUUCUUUUCAAUCCCAACAACGUCAUGUAAAUGCUAAACCAGAAACAUUGAUAGAGAUAUUGGGUUUGAAAUUUGAAUCUGGGUCAGUUUGAAUUCUUUGGUUGGCCAUGGAGAAUCGUAGUGAUCCGGAAUCUAGUCAGUUUUUGAGUUUGUUUGCUGCUUUGUCAUAUGGGGUUGCUUCCAUGGCCAUGGUCUUUAUCAACAAAGCCAUUCUUAUGCAAUAUUCAUAUUCAAUGACACUUCUCACUGUGCAGCAAUUGGCCACUGCGGCUCUUAUAUACUCUGGUCGAAGAUCAGGGUAUACAAAAGCUAAAGGAUUAGAGAUGUCAACUGCCAAGAAGCUUCUUCCAGUGUCAUUAUUCUAUAAUGCUAAUGUGGCAUUUGCCUUGGCAAGCUUGAAGGGAGUUAAUAUUCCUAUGUACAUUGCUAUAAAGAGACUCACACCACUCGCGGUUUUGAUUGCCGGGUUCUUCUCAGGAAAGGGAAGACCUACAACACAAGUCAUCCUUUCAGUACUUCUUACUGCGGCUGGGGUUGUCAUAGCUGCAUUGGGAGACUUUUCCUUUGACCUUUUCGGAUAUAGCAUGGCCUUUAUAUCUGUGUUUUUUCAGACUAUGUACCUUGUGUUGGUGGAGAAGUCUGGUGCAGAAGAUGGGCUAUCAUCAGUUGAGAUCAUGUUUUAUAACAGCUUUUUGUCUAUUCCAUUCUUGUUGUUCCUCAUCAUAGCUACAGGAGAAUUCCCGAAUUCUAUAUCGAUACUACUUGCAAAGAGUAAUUCAUUUUAUUUUUUGGUGAUACUUAUUCUUUCAUUGGUGAUGGGCAUUGCUCUCAACUUCACCAUGUUUCUAUGUACCAUAGUCAACUCAGCUCUAACGACAACCAUUGUAGGAGUCCUCAAAGGGGUCGGGUCCACGACCCUUGGCUUUGUCCUACUUGGAGGGGUUCAAGUGCAUGGCUUGAAUGUGACUGGUUUAGUCAUCAACACCGCUGGCGGGGUAUGGUAUUCAUAUGCCAAAUAUCAGCAAAAGAAGAACAAACCACCGAAGCCGCUGUCAGAUCUCGAGGCUCAUCGCAAAUAAGUGAUACUGAAAUGAUCCCUAUUGUCCUCUCUAUUGUUACUUAUACAGAUUUUCUUUUUUGUCAGUCAUAUUUAUGCCGUUGAAAAUGAAAAUUCUGUUAUGAUUCAGCCUAAUCUACAACAUUUUUGAAACAUUUUGUAGUGGCAAUGUAAGUUUUGACAAUGAUUCAGUCAUACAUUGUUAUCUCUCACCAAAACUUUGUCACAAAAGAUUCAAAGAUUGUUGAAAGAACUGUUUAUUGUAUCAGUUAUAUGCAGAUAAUGGAAGACAUGGAAGAAGUGCCGCCAUUUCGUA